AUGAAGAAGAUCUUUUCAUCGGAGACCAUGGACAUCCCCGACGGCGUGAGCAUCAAGGUUGAAGGCCCUCGUGGGGAUUUCCAGCUCAUCACCGAUGAGAACGGCAAGAAGAAGCUCAAGAUCGAGGCCUGGUUCGGUACCCACAAGAUGAGGCUCAUCUAUGCCCAUUUUCCCAUCAAUGCUAGCAUCACUAAUCACAACAAGGGCAUCAAGAUCCAUAGCUUUCUACUUUUCGUGAGGAAAGUGGAUAUGCUUGAUGGAGUUUCCAUUGUGCAAUCUGAGAAGGUGAAGGAUGAGUUGGUUUUCGAUGGAAAUGACAUUGAGCUUGUUUCUAGGUCAUGUGCCCUUAUCAAUCAGAACAAGGAUAUCAGGAAGUUUCUUGAUGGUAUUUAUGUUAGUGAGAAGGGGACCGCAUUAAUAAAGAAGCUAGAGAAUGAUUUUUUGAAGAGAGAUAAAAGUGGUGGUUAUUUGAAAAGAGUUGUGUGUGAGAGUUAUUUCUAGAACUGUUAAGAAUCAUGGCUAGUUUCAUUUAGCUGGAAAACAUGUGUAUGAUCUGAACAAAUUCUGGAUUUGUUGCUGGAAGGGUAGGCUGGUGUAAAGGCAUCCCUAUGCUUUUCUGAGACAUGUAUCUGUAUAUUUGAUUCUAUAUAGUACUUGAUACUUGUUGAUAAAGUUAAGAAGAGUAAUGUGUAUGUUGUGCUUGCCUGUUAGGAAGCCUGAAAGAUACUCAAGCGUUUAUGUGAUAUACUCACCCGUUGGCUUAAAAAGAAACCUUUGGAGAACCCAUUGAUGUGGAGAUUAUAGGAAGCCUGAGAGAUGCUCAAGCUUUUUCUCGUAAUCAUGCUCACAAAGACACUGGUAAUUGAGAGUUGAUACAUGAAUUUUAGCAUUCUUUGUAUAGAAAUUAUGUUAUCAGUACUAUUGCAGCUGGACUUGAUGGAAUUCGUUUAGCUAUUUCUACUGCCACUCGUUUAGCUAUAUUGAUAUUGAUUCCUCUCCCACAUCGGUGACUGUCUCUGGCCAGAUUAUUUUAUGAGGUGGUGAAAAAGAUCGUUAUGGGGAAAAAGAUUGGAGCAUGUAUUUAGUAGAAAGUCUAAAUUAAGGGUUAACAGUGUGUGCUACUUCACUUUCUGUAAC